CAACCAAGUGAACCCCGAAUAAAAUCUCAGUUUAACGAAACACAAAUCAUUUGUCGAAUUGCAAUUCUUCCCCUUCGUUCCUUCAGUGGAAGAAGCUACCAUUUGGUCGCUAAAGGUGUUCGAAACUGGGUGGCCGAAUAGCUCACCGAAAUUAUAAAAACAUUUUGAUGACAUCUGCCGAAAAUCUACAAUCAUUCGUUCCUUCAGUGUUUGCCGAACGAGUGUGACUAGAAGCUACCUUCAUUACAGAAAGGAUACUGCUUCCAUUUUCUACAGAGAGAGAGAGAGAGAUCACUAAAGCUUUUCGGCAUCGGAAAACCAGAGAGCAUGGCUUCGACCUCCGACGACGACUUCAUCACCGUCGUAUGCACAAACCCCAGUCCAAUCCAACCAAACACCACCCCGGAUAAAGAAGUUCUAAUUUCUGUCGAGAAUAUCCUAUCCUGGGAUUUGCCAGCCAUUCUCCGUCACCAAACAGUCAGAGUUCAAGCACAUCGGAACAGGCUAAUCCAACACUCUUCGUACUUCCAUGGACUCCUAAGCGGCAGCUUUAGCGAAUCGGGCCGGGAAUGUAUAGAAAUUGAGUGGAACCUGGAAAUAUUUCUAAGCAUUCUCAAUUGUUUAUAUGACUCCCCAUUGGGAUUGGAAGUUACAUCUGAUAAUUUCCUCCUUCUUUUUGAGGGUGCACUCUAUUUUGGAGUGGAGAUGCUUCUCGUGAGAUGUAAAACUUGGUUUUCUGAGGUAGUGUCGGCGGAGGUACAACCACAAAUACAAUUGGAUGAUUUGAUUUCUAUUUGGAGCUUCGGUGUAGAGCACGCCCUUGAUUUUCUUCCAGAAUUGUGUGCGAGCUAUCUUGCCAGAAAUUUUAUGUGGGCCAUGUGCAUGAAUUAUUUUGUAGAUAUUCCUUACGACUUAUUACUAUCUUGUGUAAAGCACAUGGAUUUGACAGUCGACAGCGAGAUGUAUCUUUCCAAUGCACUUUUAGUUUGGCUUGAUGCUAACACAGAAAGGAUGGAUGGCUUGAGCAGAAAUGAAGAUGUCUGCACUGGCAUUUUGAAAGAGAUCCGUGUACGCCUUUUGCCAUUGUGGUUUGCUGCAGAGAAAAGAAGUUCUUGUCAUUUUUCUAAGUUUGCUGAUCAGAGCAUUGAUUCAAUUUUCAGACUACUGAGAAUUCCAUCCACUAGCUCAAUAGAAGCCUUGGCCGAUGGUCACUUGCAUGACUUACGUAUUCGGCUGACAAAAUUUUCUAAGAAAGUAAAUCUUUCAAGUUGCCCACAGAUGACAUCAGUCGUGCUACUUUUUUCUUUGCUUCCUUUUUCAAACAGUAUGGAAUACACUCUAAGGAGUAUUGAACAGUCACCAUUUAACCUUAAACAUCUUGAACGAGAAUCUUCUGCACUACUGAAGUCGUUGCCAACUUUGUCUUUUGAAGUGGUACAAGAGGUGGAUAUUUCCAAGUGUCCAAGGUUACAUCUUGAAACUGCCAUUGAAUGCUUUUGCAAAUCAUUUCCAUCUUUAAGAACACUGAAGGCAGCUUUUUUAUUGAACUUCAAGAUAAGCACUUUGCGCAAACUGGUGCUGAAAUGCCCCAUGGUCUGUGAAAUUGACUUGACUAUUGACACUACUCCAAUUAUAUCAUCACAAGUGUCUGUUGUAUCCUCAAGUCCAGAUAUAACACCUCAAAUAUCAAAUUCGCCCUUAAAUUGUCGGGAUAUGACUUCUUUUUACUCUGGACUAUCUCUUGCAAAACUCACAUUGGAGGGCCGAAGCGAUCUCUAUGAUUCAGAUCUUCAGUACAUCUCCAGAUUCUGUGUCUGCUUGCAAUACCUAAACCUCAAAGGGUGUAUUUCAUUAACUGAUGUUGGCAUAGCAUGUGUUCUACGCAGAUGUAUUAAGCUGCACUCCGUUUUAGUAUGUGACACCUCCUUCGGGAUUAAUUCAGUUUUAGCUCUUUGUUCUAGCUCUUCCAAUCAUAUUGCUGGCCAACAAAUUGAAAACGAGCAAUUGGAUUCCCUGGCACAUAAUCUUCAAACACUUCACAUGGGAAGCUGCAAAUGUGUUGAUGAAGCAUCUCUUGUAAAGCUUAUGUCUCAAAUGCAAAAGCUGAAGACUCUUUGCUUAAGUGAUACUUACCUUUCUGAUGGUGCUCUAUAUAGUUUCAGAAGUUCUUCCUUGGAGAUGCUUGAUGUUUCUAAUACUGUGGUUUCAAAAGCUGCUUUAGCUCAUCUCAUCAGUGGAAAUCCAGGUUUAAAGUGUUUGAAAGCGAGAGGAUGCAGGAAUUUGUCUCAACAGGAAAGUGAGGCUCAGAAGCGAGCAUUUUCUUCCUCCUACUCUUGCAGAGAACUGCAUAAUGAAAUAGGAAGAACUUGCGUACUGGAAGAAAUUGCACUUGGAUGGGGAUUUUCUUACUCCUCUUUGAAAGCUCUGAAACCCGCAGUCACAUCACUGAGGAAAAUAACUGUGGGCUUAGGUGGAUCAUUAGGUGAAGAUGGACUGAGAAAACUACCAACUAUUUCUCCUAUGCUAGAGUCAAUUAUUCUUUAUUUUCAGGUAAUAUCUGAUGGUGCCAUUUUGAGCAUUAUGGAAAAUCUGAAGAACUUGGUAGUUUUUGCUUUGUGUCACUGUCUUGGUGAUAUAUCUAUUUUAAGCUUUAAGUUUUCCAUGCCAAACCUGAGGACGUUGAAACUUGAGCGGGUGACCCCUUGGAUGACCAACAAUGAUUUGGUUAUUCUUACUCAAAGCUGUACAAAUCUGGUUGAGCUUUCGCUGCUAGGGUGUACGCUUCUGAAUUCAGAGUCUCAGCGGAUAAUUUCGCAUGGAUGGCCAGGCUUGGUUUCAGUCCAUCUUGAGGAGUGUGGACAAGUGACAGCGAAGGGGGUUUCUUCUCUUUUUAGAUGUAAAGCUCUUGAAGAUCUCUUGCUGCGUCAUAAUGGCCCUGGGAUACAGAAAAGCUUUAUUUUCGACGCUGCUUCAAAGUUUCCAAUGCUUAGGAGAGUAUCGUUAGACUUGUGUGAUGCCAGUGAAGGUGAUUUUGACAUUCCGAAUUAUGCAGAUAGGUAUUUCUUAAGUACUGUCAAGAUUGCAAGAUGCAAGACCGAGAAAUGUGGCCGGAACGUUGUGUUUCUCGAGGCUCGGAGGAGGCUGGUGCACAAAGAAACACUUGUACUGGUAUGGAACAGCAGCACCGCCACUAGAACGGUGGUGAAAGAAAGACUCUAAUUAACAACAGUGACGAACAAUCCGUCGUCCUUUUUUUUUUUCUUACACUUUCGGAAUAUUGAACCCACAAUCGAGUAAUCUUGGGUUAAGAUAUAUUUUGACCCCAUUAGUGAGUAAUUUUUUAAACGAAGAGAUAAAGUGUUCGAUGAAUUGCCUC